AUGGGCAACGACUCGUCCAUUGCCGCCGCCGCCGCCAUGGCCGCAAACCACACGCUUUUCGAGACGGCCCUCCCGCCGCUCCCGACCUACAGCCUCGAGCCGCAGGCCGACCUGCUCUCGUGGAUCUCCGACUUCUGGCUCUCCCUCGUCGUCCCUGUUGUCGUGUACUGGAUUCUCUCCAUGUUGUUCCACACCAUCGAUGUCUUCGACCUCUUCCCCCAAUACCGUCUGCACACGCCCGAGGAGAUCACCAAGCGCAACCAUGCCUCGCGCUUCGAGGUCGCCCGCGACGUCAUCCUCCAGCAGAUCAUCCAGGUCGCGACCGGUGCCGUGCUCGCCCUGACCGAGCCCCCCGAGAUGACGGGAAAGACGGAGUACGACAUCGCCGUCUGGGCCACCCGCCUCCGCCUCGCCCAGCGUGCCCUGCCGACCAUCCUCGGAACACUCGGCCUCAACGCCACGGCCAUCUCCAAGAACUUGGCCGACUCAUAUCCGACGCUCGCCGGUGCUGUCGCCGGCGGAUACUACCCUCACCUCACCUCCGCAACCGCCGAGCCCGCAUUUGCCGGCUGGGAGCUGAAGCUGGCCGCCGUCAUCUACCACGUCUUAAUCCCGGGCGUCCAAUUCCUCGUCGCCACCUUCAUCCUCGACACCUGGCAGUAUUUCUUGCACCGCCUGAUGCAUGUCAACAAGUGGCUGUAUGCUACCUUCCACUCGCGACACCACCGCCUCUACGUUCCCUAUGCCUACGGCGCCUUGUACAACCACCCCUUCGAGGGCUUCCUGCUCGAUACCGUCGGCGCCAGUCUCGCCUUCAAGGCCACAUUCAUGACCCUGCGCCAGGGCAUCUGGUUCUGGUCCUUCUCCACCAUCAAAACCGUUGACGACCACUGCGGUUACGAGUUCCCCUGGGACCCCCUCCAGCUCAUCACAAGCAACAACGCCGCCUACCACGACAUCCACCACCAGCACUGGGGCAUCAAGACCAACUUUGCCCAGCCCUUCUUCACCUUCUGGGACACCCUGCUGAGCACCAAGUACACGGGUUCGCGCAGCAACAAGCCCGCCGCCUACCGGAAGGAGGGCGACAAGGAGGACACCUUGAAGGCCGCCAAGGUCCCUAAGAAGGACAACUAG